CCUGCUCACCGCGCUUCCCACACCGUGGGGAUUAUUUUCAUUAUUUUGCCUUUUUCUUUUUUUUUCCCCUUGUCUUGUAGUUUUUGGCUCCCAGGGCCCGUGAUUUCCUUUGGAGUUUGGGAGGAGAGACGUGGGGAGGAGUGGGGGGGGGGGGGGAGAGGCUGCCUCUCCGAGGGCCUUCGUCAGAGCGAAGAGCUCAGGAAGAGCCGCAGCCCGUCCGAGCCGCAGCGCAGGAGCCCCCCCGCACAGCAGACGAGAUGAAGCUGCUCCUCCUCCUCCUCGGGCUCGUCGGCAGCUCCGUGCAGAUCGAAGACAACAAAAUCCCCGGGCUGUGCUCGGGGCAGCCGGGCAUCCCGGGGACCCCGGGUUUGCACGGCGGCCAGGGUCUGCCAGGCAGAGACGGACGAGACGGCCGGGACGGGGCCAUGGGGAUGCCGGGGGAGAAGGGCGAGAUGGGCCCACCAGGACCUCCGGGUCCCCGCGGGGAGGAGGGCAGCCCCGGCGUGGACGGCGUGCACGGCGAGAAGGGGGCGCAGGGCGAGUGCGCCGUGGCCCCCCGCUCGGCGUUCAGCGCCAAGCGCUCGGAGGCGCGCAGCCCGCCGCUGGCCGACCAGCCCAUCCGCUUCGACGUGGUGCUGGUCAACGAGCAGGGCCACUACGACCCGGCCACGGGCAAGUUCACCUGCGAGGUGCCCGGCCUCUACUACUUCGCCGUCCACGCCACCGUGUACCGCGCCAGCCUGCAGUUCGACCUCAUGAAGAACGGGCAGUCCGUCGCCUCCUUCUUCCAGUACUACGGGAACUGGCCCAAGCCCACCUCGCUCUCCGGGGGCGCCCUGGUCCGCCUGGAGCCCGAGGACGAGGUGUGGGUGCAGGUGGGCGUCGGGGACUACAUCGGCUUCUACGCCAGCGUCAAGACGGACAGCACCUUCACCGGCUUCCUCGUCUACUCCUACUGGCACAACUCCGCCGUCUUCGCCUGAGCUGGGGGACGGGGACGGGGGGGGGGGGGGGGGGCGUGGCCCCUUCCCCUGCCGUGGGCAGCCCGGGGGGGAGGU